AUGGCCGAGAAUCGUACAUUUCUUUGGUUUUCCGACAUUCAUUUGGAUCCCUACUAUGGCACGGAAACGGCCGUUCUUCGGGACAAGAUGGGUUUUGGAGAAAAUUGCCAAUCUCCCAGUAAACUCACCACUCAUCCCUUGGGGGAUUUUGGCUGUGAUUCCCCGCCCGAAUUACUAGAUUCACUCCUGCAAAGUGCUGCCACCCAAGCGAAACCCGAUUUUGUCGUCAUUACAGGAGAUUUUGUACGACACGGCAAUGAUAUCUUGCUGCCAUCGCCCACCAUUGCGACCCAAGAAAUCUUGUACACGGUCAGUGAACUGAUACGAACUUAUUUGGACGCUCCCGUGGUACCGGCCGUGGGCAACAACGAUGUGACACCCGAUUAUUAUAUGGAUAUUCAACAACCAGACGACAUGCUGAACAUGAUUACACGAGGAUUGAUGCCUCUGUGGAGCGAGGAUAACCAAGAGGGCAUGGCAGCAAAGGCAAUGUUUCAAGAGCAAUUUCCACAAGGCGGAUAUUAUGCCCACAAUGUCACCUCCACGAUUACCGUAUUGUCACUCAAUACCGUCUUGUAUGCGACCAAUCGACAACCACAAUAUACUGAAGUUGACGUAGAUCCAUUGGGACAAUUCCAAUGGAUGAAAGAACAACUCGAAAUGGCGCGGCAAUCACAACGCAACGUAUUCCUCAUUGGUCACAUUCCUCCCACCAUUGGUUCCUAUCGACAUACCCAACUGUGGCACGAAGGAUACUUGGAAACCUACUACAACAUGGUCCAAAACUACUCGGAUCUGGUACAGGCACAACUGUUUGGACAUAUUCAUACCGAUGAAUUUCGUGUCCACAAUACAUUUCCACUCUUUUUGACCGCCUCCUUUACACCCAUUUACGGCAGCAACCCGAGCUAUCGAGUCGUCACUUACGAUGACAAAACGGGGGCACUAUUGGAUUAUCAUGUCUACUAUUUGGACUUGACAGCAACAAGCCUAACAAACGCCACUUCUGUUUGGCAACGGGGACCAUCCUUUACGCAAGCCUACGGGGUCCCCGACAUGAGUCUACAGUCACUAAAGACCAUUGUGGAGGAUUUGCAGAAUUCUACCGACACGAGUAUCUAUUGGGAAGCAUUCUUGUCACGGUUGCAUGUCUACACUCAUGGAUCGGAAGUCUGUGAUGCCACCUGUCGGAAGGAAUGGGCAUGUACACUGUCCAGUAUGACGGCGCAACAAUACCACGGGUGCCUCAAGGAAUCAUCUGGUCGAUCGGGCAUGGUAGCAGCGUUGAUUGUCGUGGUACUGGCCGUGGGUCUUGCAAUAAUAUGGGGGCGAAACUGUUGGAAACGGCGACACUACAGUCAGACGGUAGAGCACCACGUUGCCGAGGAAGAAUUGCCACCCUUGUCGUGA